CCUCCGCCUCCCUCCCGCUCCGUCCCCCGGGGCUGCAGAGGAGAAACUUUCUGGCUGCCGAGCGGGUCCGCGCCGCGCCGAGCCAGGCAGGGGCCGCCGGUGCACCGUUACCGCAAGAGCCUCCGAGCCUUUUGCCAGAGAGUGAACCCUCCCAGCCGUGCGUAUGUAAGAGGAUAUUUCAAAGAUGGUUUGGCUGCCAUUGAGACUUGGAGAUCUGAUGCCACAAUGAGGACUCACACACGGGGAGCCCCAAGUGUGUUUUUCAUACACGCAGUUUGCUUCGCCUUUGCCUACGGCGCCAGGAAGGACCCGGACGCGAUGGUUCCUUUUGUCAAUGCCAACUACGACAGCUACCCCAUGCUCUACUUCUCCAGAGCAGACGUGGAGACUCUGCGUCUCCAGGCUGCCACCACGCACCAGCACAUUGCAGCUCGUCUGGUCGAGGCGGUGCAGACGAUGGUGUCUAACCCCCUGGAGUACCUUCCUCCCUGGGAACCGAAGGAGUUCAGCGCUCGGUGGAAUGAGAUCUACGGCAACAACCUCGGAGCGCUGGCCAUGUUCUGUGUCCUCUACCCUGAAAACAUCGAGGCCAUCAACAUGGCCAAGGAUUACAUGGAGAGGAUGGCAGCUCAGCCUAGUUGGCUGGUGAAGGAUGCCCCAUGGGAUGAGGUCCCUCUUGCUCACUCCUUAAUUGGUUUUGCCACUGCAUAUGACUUCUUGUACAGCUAUCUUAGCAAGACUCAGCAGGAGAGAUUUCUUGAGGUAAUUGCCAAUGCCUCGGGAUAUAUGUACGAAACAUCAUACAGACGUGGAUGGGGCUUCCAGUACCUCCACAACCACCAGCCUACCAACUGUGUGGCCCUGCUGGCUGGCAGCCUGGUUCUGAUGAAUCAAGGCUACCUUCAGGAGGCUUACUUGUGGACAAAGCAGGUGUUAGCCAUCAUGGAGAAGUCAGUGGUCCUGCUGCAGGAGGUCACAGAUGGCUCCCUCUAUGAAGGGGUGGCUUAUGGCAGUUACACAACCAGAUCACUGUUCCAGUACAUGUUUCUUGUCCAAAGGCACUUUGACAUCAAUCAUUUCAGCCACCCUUGGCUCAAGCAGCACUUUGCAUUUAUGUACAGGACUGUCCUGCCAGGCUUUCAGAGAACUGUAGCCAUUGCAGACUCCAACUAUAACUGGUUCUACGGGCCAGAGAGCCAGCUGGUGUUUCUGGACAAAUUUGUCAUGCGCAACGGCAGCGGGAACUGGCUGGCAGAGCAGAUCAGAAGGAACCGAGUGGUGGAGGGCCCAGGGACACCAUCCAAAGGGCAGAGGUGGUGCACUCUCCACACUGAAUUUCUCUGGUAUGAUGCAAGUCUGCGCUCCGUACCUCCGCCAGACUAUGGGGUUCCUAAGCUGCAUUAUUUUGAGGACUGGGGAGUGGUAACCUAUGGAAGUGCUCUGCCAGCUGAAGUCAACAGGCCUUUCCUUUCCUUCAAGUCAGGAAAGCUGGGAGGACGUGCAAUAUAUGAUAUUGUUCAUAAGAACAAGUACAAAGAGUGGAUCAAGGGGUGGAGGAACUUUAAUGCUGGCCAUGAACACCCGGACCAGAACUCCUUUACUUUUGCUCCCAACGGUGUACCUUUCAUAACAGAAGCUCUGUAUGGGCCAAAAUACACUUUCUUUAAUAAUGUGUUGAUGUUUUCCCCUGCUGUGUCCAAGAGCUGCUUCUCCCCAUGGGAAGGGCAGAUUACAGAAGACUGUUCCUCUAAGUGGCUUAAAUAUAAACACGACUUGGCAGGUGACUGUCAGGGACGAGUGGUUGCUGCCAUGGAGAGAAGCGGAGUGGUUUUUAUCAGGGGAGAAGGAGUGGGUGCAUACAACCCUAAACUGAAGCUGAGAAAGCUGCAAAGAAACCUCAUACUUCUCCACCCCCAGCUUCUCUUGCUAGUGGACCAAAUCCAUCUGGAAGACGACAGCCCUCUAGAGGCAGCGACCAGUUUCUUCCACAAUGUGGAUGUGCCUUUCGAGGAAACCGUUGUCGAUGGUGUCCACGGGGCCUUCAUUAGGCACCGCGAUGGGAUAUAUAAGAUGUACUGGAUGGACGACACCGGCCGCAGCGAGAAGGCCACCAUCGCCUCCAGGAUGUACCCCAGGGGCUACCCCUACAACGGAACCAACUACGUGAAUGUAACGACCUUCCUGCGGCACCCUGUCACCAGGGCCAUUUACCUUUUCAUUGGGCCCUCCGUCGACGUGCAGAGCUUCACCGCCCGUGGCGACUCUCCGCAGCUGGACGUUCUUGUCACCACCGGGGAGCACGCCUACGCGGUCCACCUGUGGCCCGUCGAGGAUGGGUCCCGCUCUGCCUUUGCACAGGUUAUUGCAGACCACCAGAAAAUCCUCUUUGACCGAGCCUCUGCCGUUAGGAGCUCCACAGUGCCAGAAGUGAAGGACUAUGUAGGGAUCGUGGAGAGGAACCUGCAGCAUUUUAAGCCUGUUUUCCAGCAGCUUGAGAAGCAGAUCUUGUCUCGCGUGCGCAACACGGCUAGCUUCAGGAAGACUGCCGAGCGCUUGCUGAGGUUCUCAGAUAAGAGACAAACAGAGGAGGCCAUCGAUAGGAUAUUUGCAAUCUCACAGAGGCAGCAGCAGCAGCAGCAUGGCAGAGCAAAGAAAAACAGAAAAGUGGCCAAGGGCUACAAAUUUGUUGAUGCUGUGCCUGACAUAUUUGCACAAAUCGAGGUAAAUGAAAGAAGAGUGCGACAGAAGGCGCAGACUCAAGCACAAAAAGAGUCACCUGUAGAUGAAGAUGAGGAAAUGAAAGACCUUCUGGAUUUUGCAGAUAUCACUUAUGUGAAGCACAAAACUGGAGUGUCAAUCAAAGGCCGAUCAGGGCUGGCGCAGAUGGUGACGACUGCUCGAAGCAGUGCCCCAUCGAUAUCAGCUUCCUAUACUCGCCUCUUCCUGAUUCUCAACAUCGCUAUUUUCUUUGUCAUGUUAGCAAUGCAGCUCACCUAUUUCCAGAAGGCCAAGAGACUGCAUGGCCAACGAUGUCUGUAUGCAAUCCUUUUAGUAGACAGCUGUAUAUUAUUGUGGCUGUAUUCCUCCUGCUCUCAGUCACAAUGUUAGCAGAAGACCUCAACUAGUCGACCAGUUUAUGGUCAUAUACGUCUAUGCAAAAUCAUUAACCCUAAUAGGGCCAAAGUUUAUCUUCUUUUUGUUCUUUUUUUUUUUCUGAAACAUUCCAAAAACAGCUUGGGGAAGAUUGGUUUCAGACCAGAAGGAAUAGAAGAAUAGAGCAGGGAAUGAAUAGCUCAGAAACCUAAGUACUUAAUAAGUACACCUGCUUUGUGAUUGGAGUUGAGCCUCGCAUCUGAGGGAGCGUUGUGCUUUGUUCAACAGAGUUGGGUAACGUAAAGUUGUGAUUCAAUUUUUGGUGAGAAGAGCCUUCUGAGUAGAUUCAUUCCUAUGGGCUUGCUUUUUUAUACAGAAGUGGGUUUGCAUUUAGUGAGUUUUUAUUUCAGGCUGCUAGGGAUGUCUCUGGACAUUCUCUUAAGAAGAGGAGAUUCAACCACAAGUAUGCAAGGCAGAUCUUAGACUUGAUUUCUCUCUGCCAAACCAAAGAAUGCUUCAGUAUGGGACACUCCUGGUUAGUUAUUGUGGACCCUGUGUCAUGUCAUCUCUUGAUUGGCUAGGGCUGGGUGAUAGGUUAGACUGGAUGAGCUUGGAGGUCUCUUCCACCCUGGUUGAUUCUGUGAUUCUCUUCCAUGCUUUACAGCGUGGCACGAUGGGAAAUGGUGAUCAUGUCAGCCCUUACCAAGCAAGAGGCACACUGGCUAGCAGGCAGUAGCAGGAGGCAAAAACAAAAGGCUAACUCAAAGCAUAAAGAACACAAUUCUCAGGAAAGGCAAAUAUCUUUUAGUCAAGUGUAGACCGGGGAGGGAUGAAUGCUGCAGGGUCUGUUCUCAUUUUUACAAGACAGGAGUUCACAAAUGUUUUCUGUAGUUCGAAGCACAGCUCAUUAGGGAAAUGAUGUCUUAGAUCACUGUCCUUCCAUAUGCAAUUGUAAAAUACAAACAAAAAACCUAAAGCUAUCCUGUGGUAACCUCAGCAAUUGCCAGUAAUGGAAAAAGAGGUAUUAAGGAAGUAUUUAAUGUCUUUUUUCCUGUUCACAUGGCUGAAAACAGAGGACAUUUAAAACUGUGUGAACAGCCUGUUCUCUAUAAAGCACCAGCAAGGGUUCUGCAAGCUCUUGGUGGCCCUGGGUCAAUUAUUUGGGGAUCAGUGGUGAAUGGAAGUGUGUGGUUUAUGACAGAAAGAAAUUUGACGUUUCCACAUCUAUCCCCUUCUGUUCAUUAAACUGAUGACCAAAAAACUGUAACUAUUUGAGAGAAUGGAAGCUGGAUGGGAUUGGGUAUAUCUGUAUGUCUUACAGAAAACCAGUUCUUCUUGCUAAAUAAAAACAUUAGAGUGGUC